AUGUCUUUGAAUUUGUUCAUUUUAAUAUUACUUGUGACGGGUGCAGUUUCUUUAGUUUUAGAGGAACAUGAGAAGGAUGAACAUUUUAGACAUGAAAUCGUUAAACGAGGACUGUUCUGGCCUCAACUUCUAUUCCCAUUGAAUGCUGCAACAGGCAUACUUGUUGCUGUUGCUGUUCCCCUUCAUGACAUUGACAGAAAUGUCUUCUUGGCCUACAAUUUUGAAGCUAAUUACAAUUUAGCGAAUGUUCCAUCAGAUUCCUUUCCCGGUCCACCUUUUAAACGAUGGAAAUUGGGAUCAACUUAUGAAGACAUGUCAGUAGACCCUUCGGCAGAUACUGCAAUUGAUGAUUCUUUUGCUAGAAGUUUGAACAAAGGAAAUGAAACAGUUAUGGAUGAAGAAGUGACAACGACAGAAGAAAGUAACAGCAUUGAUGACGUGGAGGCUAAUGAGAUCACAAAGAGAAGCUUAUUGGAUAGAGUAGUGCUGUCUAGAAAAGGAGUUUACAGAGUUCUGGAGAGUCGGAUAUCUGCAAAUGGAAUCGACGGAAAGAAAUGCCUCCUACGUGCUAUAUGCGAAUCAGCAUCAAAUUCACUGUUAGAAGCCAAUGGAGUUUUAGGUCACAUUCUGCAUAUUAUUCUUACGCCGUCAUCAUCAAAGGAUGAGAAUCUACCAUCUGAAUAUAAUAAAGCUGAAGAAUUAGGUUUAAAGAAAGACUGUACGAAAUAUAAAAGAAAAUGUGAUUUUAGUUUAUUGGAUGCUUUGUCUAGUUUUGUGUGA